UCCGGAGGAAGCGGAGCGGCGGAAACCGGCGCUUCCUUCGGCCUGGCUGUGUGUGGGACGGCUGAUAGCGCGGGGCGCGGGGGAAACCCCGGCUCCCGGGGGGCCUCCUGCCCGUCCCGGCGCGGUCUCCGGCACUCAGGGCCGCGGGGCCGAGUCCCAGCCCGGGAGGGACACAGUGGGUGGUGACAGCCCUGUCCCGCUUGCUGCGGCUCCUCUCCGCUGUCUUUGCAGGGGCUGCAGCACGGCCCUGGCAGAAAGUCCCCUUCCCUAGCAGUGCCAGGCCCCUGGGAUGGUGGGCAGUGGGGACAGUGGCAGGGCUGGAGCGGGGCCCUCUGGGAUCUGGUGGCAGUGCCAAGUGCACGACUGUGGCAGGAGCUGUCCUUGGGCUUCCAGCAUCCCAUGGGCCACACUGGCUCCGGAGAGCCGGGCUGGCGUGGGCGGCUGGUGACGCCAGCUCCCCGGGGAGCCCUUUGCCGUGUCCAGGGGGUCCUUGGAAACCCACAGCGCUGGCUGCCCCUUCCUGGGAGCGUGGGAGCUGCCACGACUCCUCUCCCGUUUAUUUAUAUCCCUGAGAAGGAGCCGACAGCCACCACCACCUCCUGUGGACUGCCCGCGAGAAAUUGGGCACUGUCUCCGUGCCCACAGCCCUGAGGAGCGUGUGGGGCCCUCCCCAGUCUCGGCAGCGGGACACUGGCUUGAGGUGCUGGCCCCAGUGCACAGGCACCAGCACUAUGUGACAGGUGCCCUUAAUGCCACGGGUCAGUGGUGCCUGGCCCUGCCCCGUGGUGCAGCCAUACCUGCGGCAGCUCCCCCCUCCCUGUCGCUAUUUUUAGUAUCUGUCUCUUUUUCUUGGCGUUGUGUGGCGUGCUCUGGCCUGUCAUGCCUCUGGCUGCCCUAUUGGGCUGCAGCUGGCAGGAACUCCUGUUCAUCUCCUGGGAUAGCAUCGCUGGUACUGCUGUGUCCCCGCACCCCGCUCUGCCAGGGUGCCCUGCUCAGCUCGGUGCCUGACAGUGCCUGGGCUCUGCCUCGUGUCCCAGCACGUGUGCCAGGCUCAUCACGUGAGCGGCACCGUCCAUGUCAAGCCGUGCCGUGCGAGGAGGAACCGACCCUGUCCCGCUGCAGGGCCAGGGACUUCCCAGAGCCGCGUCCCACCGCCGCGGGCAGGAAGUCAGCGGCCCCAUUACAAUGGGACUUUGUGCCGGAUCCCUGGAGGUGAACCUGAGCCAGCCCACCCGUAGCAGCAGUGGCUCGGAGCGGUCCCUGCUUGUCGCGGAGGAGAUGCGCAGCCUCAUCGUGGAGAAGGGCCCAGGGCCAGUGGAGGAUGACCCUGAUGCUCUUGUGAAAGGCUGGCUGCAGCGGGAGAUGCGGGGCUGCAUGAAGACUCCCUGGAUUCGUCCUCGGAAGUACUGGUUCGUGCUGACACCUGACUCCCUAGACUACUACAGCAGCAACGAGAAGGGGGCCCGGCGGCUGGGCUCCCUCGUGCUCACCAACCUCUGCUCUGUGCUCUGGCCAGACAAGCAGCUCUACAAGGAGACAGGCUACUGGAGCGUGACGGUGUUUGGCAGGAAGCACUGCUACCGCCUGUACACGGAGCACCUGAACGAGGCCGUGCGCUGGGUGUGUGCCGUGCAGAAGGUCAUUGACAGCAAAGCGCCCGUGCAGACGCCCACCCAGCUGCUCAUGCGUGACGUGGAGGAGCACAGCAGCAGCCCCGAGGUGCUGGAGCAGAUCUACCGCUGCAACCCCAUCCUGCGCUACACCAGCGGCCCUCUCUAUGCUCCCCUGCUGCCCUUCCCUUACGGCAGCCUGGACCAAAGUGCCCCCGGCCCCCGCAGCUACACCACGCUGCGUGAUGAGGCUGUGAAGCUCUUCAACUCGCUGCAGCAGCUGGAGUCGGAGCGGGACCCGGUGCCGCUGAUGCAGGGCGUCCUGCAGACCUGCCUGGACCUGCCCCCGCUGGUGGAUGAGAUCUACUGCCAGCUGGUGAAGCAGACCACGGAGCCGCCGGCGCCGGGCGGGCAGGGCGACCUGCACUACUGGCAACUCCUCACCUGCAUGAGCUGCACCUUCCUGCCCUCCCCGCCUGUCCUGCGCUUCCUGCGCUUCCACCUGGACAAGACUGAGAGCCGUUUCCCUGCCUCAGAGAUGGCCAAGUAUGCCUGCUUCAUCCGGGAGGCACUGGGAAAGACAAAGGGGCGGGAGUGUGUGCCCUCCCUGGAGGAGAUCCUGAUGCUGAUGCAGCGGCAGGAGAUGAUCUGCACCGUUCACUGCCCUGGGGCGCCUGCCUGCAGCGUGGCCAUCAGCUCCCACACCACAGCCCAGGAGGUGGCCCAGGAGCUGGUGUCGCGCCUGGGGCUGUCCCAGAGCCCCAACCUCUUCGCGCUCUACGAGCAGUCCCGGCGGCGGGAGCAGCCGGUGGGCAGUGCCACACUGCUGGCUGAUGUCCUCACCAGGUUUGAAAACCUGGCCGGGGAGCAGCGUGAGCAGGACCCACCAUGCCGGCUCUGCUUCAAACACUACGGCUUCCUGGACACGGACAAUGUCCCACGGGACAGCCUGGAGUUCGCCCUCCUCUUCGAGCAGGCACACGAGAUGGUGCUGCGGGGCUACGUGCCCACGUCGGAGGAGACGCUGCAGACGCUGGCAGCCCUGCGCCUGCAGAGCCUCAACAGCGACUUCUCCACCCACGCGCCCUUCCCGCGCCUGGAGGAGCUCUUCCCGCCCCACGUGCUGCACGCCCGCCUGCCGCCCCCACCCCACCGGCCCCCUGCCAAGUGCCGGGGGGCCCGGCUGCGUGCGGGGCUGCUGGCCGGCGGGCUCUGGGGCCAGGCGCUGGCCAAGCAGCGGGCCGAGCGGGACCAGCGCCUGCGGGGCCGCCUGCGCGAGGAGGGGGCCAGCACCAUGGCCGCCAUCGUGGAGAAGUGGAAGCUGCUGCAGGGCAUGGGCCGGCCCGAGGCCAUGGCUGCCUACGUGGCCCUGGUGCGGGAGUGGCCUGGCUUUGGCUCCACGCUCUUCGACGUCGACCUGCACGUGAGCCCGGUGGGGGCUGGGCCCCAGCGCCUGUGGCUGGGCAUUGGGGCCAAGGCUGUCUCGCUCUACAAGCCGGGGGAGCCCGAGCCCUUGGACAGCUUCUGCUACGGCCGCAUCUCCUCCUUCGGCGCCUCCGACAGCAGCACCUUUCGCCUCUCUGUGGAGGACCGAGACCUGCUUUUUGAGACCUCCCAGGUGGACGAGAUCGCCCAGCUCCUCAACACGUACCUCGCCUCUGCGGGUGCCCAGCGGCUGCCUCGGCCCCAGGAAUCCCCCACCAGCGCCCCCACCUCGGAGUCCACUGUGUUGCCCCAGGGGCUCUGCCCUGCAGCUGGGCCCUGGCAGCACCAGCCACCGGUGGGUUCCUCCCACAGCUAGCCCGGCGGCCGGCACGGCCACACAGGUGCUCUGAUGACCGGUGCGGGAGGGCGGCCAGCCCAGCAGCAAGUGGCAGGUCUGUGCUGGCCCCCAGCUGUUCUGUGGAGCAGGGGAUCAGGGGCUCCUUCUCCCCCCCACUGCCAUUGCCUUUCUGGUUAUUUCCUUAAUUUAUUUUGAGACGCCUGUGCGCCCCACAUCUCCCAGCACUUUCCCUGGCGGGCAGCGGGGAUGCCCCACUGUGGUUCCCCGCACUGCCCUCAGGCCUGUUCCCGUCCCCUGUACCCUGGUGCCUUCGCCUCCAGCACUUGUGCUGUCUGACUGCUCUGCCGGUGCCCCGGGGGCUUUGCCUGGGGCAGAGGGGGUCAGGCAGCAGUGCUGUGCCAUUGUCUGUCUGUCUGUCUGUCCGUCCGCUGGACCCACCCCUCCUGGAAAGCUGCGGGCGGCUUUUGGCCGAGCCACCCUGGGGACCUGCAGGCUCCUCCUGGCCGAGUGGCCAGGCCCUGUGGCUCUGCGGUGGCCCUGUGGCUGAGCUCGUGUCGCGGGGGUGGCCAGUGGGGUGGCAGCUGGUACGGCUGGGGCUCAGCCCCUCAGUGUUGCCUCUGUAGAGUUUUGUCAGUUCUGUCCUGGGGAGGAGGGGUUGGUUGUUUGUUUUUCUAAAUAAAUGCACAAAGGAAA